GUUGUCGGUUGCAAACGAAUUUCAGCAAACGAAAAAACGGACAUAUAACAAAGAUCAAACUUGCCACAGUAGCUUGAGCAGCCACUGCAGCGAAAGCAGCGUAAAAAAACGUAAUUUUGAUCCGUUCUUCUAACUCAAUCGUGUAAUUAGCUAGCUUUCGUUAAUCGGACGGGUUUGCGCUAGUGACGGAUAGCGUAAUUGAGCAAUAAGGCAUAUCAUUCCGUUCACAACAGUGUGUCGUUUGCCGAUAACGCUAUAGUGUGUUGCGUGGUUCUAUUGUGUACAAGCAAAAGUUUCCUUUGCGCCUUCUUUCGAGUUGUUCCGACUACUGCCGCCAGCAAUGAAUCGUUUGGACGAAUCGGAAUCGACACCAAAAAAGCGUAACCCAAAGCAGCAGCAGCAGCUGGAAGCCAUUGCUAAAGAUGCUGUCACAAAGUCCGGUCGAAAGGUAAAGCGCCCAGCGCACCUUGACUCGCCGGAUCGGGUAGUGAGUGCAUCACCUUCUUCCGAACCGAGAAAAUCCGUCGCUGUGCGGGCACAAACAGCCUCCGAACCGGGACACGCCACUACGCCUGUCAAACGUGCGACAACAAAGGGGCAGAGCAUCAGCGCCACGGAAGAGGUACGCGGUUCUCGCAAAACUAUAGCCGAGAUCAAAACAACAAACUCUGGCAAAGUGGACACUCCUAAGGGGAAGACAGCUAAGGAAAGUAUCGUGGACGACGGCGUCGGUAUCUCGAAAUCUGGACGGAAGAUAAAAAUCCCGGCCAAGUUAGCGGAGUUUGACAGUGAUGUGCUAAGCAGUCCGUCGCGUAAAAAUGCUGUGCCGGAACACGAUGAGCCGGUCAAGGACAAGCCGACAAAAACUCCCGGUCGAACCAAAACGCCGGCAAAGUCGGCAAUGAAGAAUAUUACUCUGGAGGACGAUGUCGAAGAGGGCGGCAACAAAGUCAGCCGGAAGACACCGGGCCGCCGUGCAAAGUCUGUGGCACCUUCGGGCGAACCGGAACAAGAGACCGUUUCAACGACCAGACGACGAGGUGUAACAUCCUUGUUCAGUACAGAGGCGCCUCCUGCAGAACCAACUCAUCCGUCGACGCCGGGAAAACGGAUGGAAAAGUCUUUGCUCAAUGCAGCAACUGCAAACAUACUGCCGAAAACACCCGGUCGUCGGGCCAAAUCAAUGGCACCGCCAAGAGACGCGACGUGCGAAACAGAAUCAAAAACGUCCAAAAAAACAGCACAAACUCCGGGACGGCGAGCCGGCAAAUCCAUCGCGAACCCCCCUAGCGAAUCGUCCAAAUCACCUCGCAGUGAAAGUCCGGUCCCGGAGAAAGAGACGGUCCAGAAAACUCCAGGCCGAAGGGCUGGCAAAUCAAUGCUCCAGGCUGCAACGGUAGCAGAAAGUCCGACAGCACAGCGAGCUGCUGCAAAAACGCCAGAUCGUCGUCGUUUGCUGAAAUACAGCGCUGAGGACAACAUAGAAUCUGCCGAAUCUACAGCAGCGGAAGAAGUUAUUUCGCGUUCUGGACGCAAGAUAAAGCCGAAAAAAGUGUUUGAUUUUGAGCAGGAUGAAAAAACUACCGAACAAACUGCUGAUAACAGCAGGAAAAGGAAAGCGGAAAGCACAGAAGAUUCCUCCCUCGACACAAUGAUGUCCCCAAUGAAGAGAAAAGCCAUGACAACCAGGGAUGAUACCGAACAAACUCCGAAACUGAAGGGCCGUCUAGUUGCCCAAACGGACAGCAAUGCAUCGGUUGAUGGAUCAGUUUCCCGAUCGGGAAGGAAAAUCAAGCCGAAGAAAAUGUAUGGUUUCGAAGAUGGCGAAUCUGCUCCCGGCUCCUCUCCUACGGCGGAUGAAGAAUCUGCUGCGCGCAAAUCAGCCAGGAGUACACUUGCUACAAAAGCUAAAACUGUUAGCACACCAUCUAAAGCCCGGGUGACUUCUUCGGCUGAACUCAUGGCCGAAUCUCGUCCUAUGGAAAUUGAUCAACAGACGGAGGAUUCAGUAGAUGAGCCACACACAUUCAUCACCAAACGGGGCGUGAACGAUCAUCAUCCAUCGAAGUAUCAACACAUGCACGACGAAACGGAUCACGCUGAGGUUAGUUCGGAGCCGGUCAUUAUUCGAACGUCUAUUGGAUUUGGCAAACCAAAGGUGCAAAAACAGGCUCCACCGGAACAGAGAGUGGAAGACGAUGAUGACUCAUCACGACACGAUGCUCAGCUGGUAGGAAACAGUGCCGAUGUAACAUCAUCACCCGGCGGACGCCCAUCGGUUGCUGCGAUAAACGAAAAGCAAGGGGUGCUAUCGUCACCAAAGCAACAGGCUGACAAGAAGCAAGAACCGGAAGAAUCCCGGGCUACGAAUUCGUCGGUGAACAAUACGGUGGCCAAUGAAGUGAUGGGAACCGAUGAGGAAGGUGUCUACAUUCCAGAAGGUCCUGUUAAAGUGUUGGUGGACGAAUCUGAACCUUCCGCUAAAGAUUCGACUGAAGCCGAUAAACAGGAAACACUGGAACAGGAAGAGUUUAACACUGAAAAGUCGGACAGUAACGAUGUGGAAAUGGAGCCGGAAAAAGCACUCUUGGACGUGGGAGAUGAAGAUGAAGAGAAAAAAGAAGUUAAUAAUGAUGAAACUAUGACGAAAGAAGAAUCUUCAGAUACUCUGCUGGUUGCUGAAAUGUCUGAAGAAGUGCCGGAAAAGCAACAAACGGACCUAGAAGAGACAGAAAGUUCAGAAGACAAAACCAAGCCGUUAAAUUCUAUUGCUCUUCCUGACGUCGCGAAUUCCGAUGGUUUUAAGACGUCGGUAAAGCAGGAAGCAUCGGACAAAUGUUCUCCAGCUAAUCAACCGGAAGUGAUCGAAAUAAUGGACAAUUCAGUCGUGGAGGCGUUUUGUAAACAGAUCAACGAUGAUCCAGCGCACGACGGUGCAGAUGGUGGUUGUGCCACAAGCACACCGCAGGCCGUAAGGUCCGCACUGUUGCAACAUCAGAACCAGAACGAAGGACGGAAAAGAUCAUUUUCAGCCAGCGCAGCAGACACGGAGCAGAAUGUCACUCUCCAAAGUCCUGCCAAAUCUAACGUACAUCAUCAUAGCACCAGUCCAUCGGUAGCUGCUGCAGCACCGUGCACACCGGAUCCAAAGCUGCCGCUGGAAAAGCAGGAAGCGUCGAACAAAUGUUCUCCCGCUACUCAACCGGAAGUGAUCGAAAUAAUGGACAGUCCAGCCGUGGCGGCGUUUUGUCAGCAGAUCAACGAUGAAGCGGCACACGGUGCAGAUGGUGGAAGUGCCAUAAGCACAUCACUGACCGUACAACCCUCACUGUUGCAACAUCAGCAGCAGAACGAGGGACGCAAACGGUCACUUUCGGCCAGCGCAGCAGACACGACCAUAAAGCGGAAUGUCACCUUCCACAGUCCUGCCAACUCUACCAUGCUGGUAGAAACGAUCGACGAGCGACUGAUGCUGAAAAGCUUGCACGACCAGCAGCAACAGCAUCAAGAUACGUUGGAGAGCAGCUGCUCCAAGGGCAUCGGAGAAAAACUGCACAAAAUUCGCAAGCGUUCGCUAUCGGAGCACAAGCCGUCCGAAAUGAAGCGAAACAAGGUCAGCAAGCUGCCGAACUUUAAGUCAAUUCACGCGAAUCAUUUCAAUCGCAUGGAAUCGCUUGCCGAUUUCAUGAAUCGCAAGGAGUCACGCGCCAAGCAGCUCCUUUCGUCGUGCAGUCCGGCAACGAAGCUUCUUUCAAAUUCCAAUUCCGUUACGGCGGAUGCUGCUGAAAAAUCUUCCGCAGCAGUAUCAUCGAUGAUGAAGAAAGCCCCACCGUCGACGACAAAACCAUUCGUUUUCAAAUCCACUGGCGGGGGAGGAAUACCGGUGACUUUGUCGGGGGCAGCGGCAGCGCUGUUUGUGAAGCGCACCAAGGAAGCAAAGCUGGCCGUAGGACCGGGCGAGCAGCCUCAGCAAGCAGCCAGCGAAGCAAAGAAACCUAUCCCAAAUCCCAACUCCGUUACGACGGGUGCUGCGGAAAAUUCUUCUGCAGCAGUAACAUCGAUGAUGAAGAAAGUCCCACAGUCGACGACAAAACCAUUCGUUUUCAAGUCCGCUGGCGGAGGAGGAAUACCGGUGGCUUCGUCGGGGGCAGCGGCAGCGCUGUUUGUGAAGCGCACCAAGGAAGCACCGACGGCAGCAAAAUCAGCUGCAGGGCUGGGCGAGCAUCAUCAUCAUCAAGAACUGUCCACAACGGCAACGGCGGCAGCCAGCAUAGCAAAGAAACCAAUCCCGAGCGACACGGAGCGAAUGGCUAACCGGUUAAAGCAAUUUCACAGCACUUUUAAGCCCAAAAAAAUCGGGACCGGUACGGCCGAUAAGACCACAGCGGCCGACGCUAGCCAACCUGCGGUCGAUGAGCGUCCGGUAGAGCAGUUACGAUCGAAGCAGUCGCAAAUUCUGAAAGGUGUGCGCACGAAUCGACGCUUCGAGCUGCAAAUGAAACAUCGGGACAAUGUUCAACAUCAGUGAAACGACUUUUGCAUCUCACAUAUGUAUUAUUAUUAAGGUUCUUUUUUAUCUUUUGUUUUCUCUAACCAAUGUUGUUGUAUUACACGUUUCCUUGUUCUGUUUGUAUUUUAGUGUCGCAAAUGAUGAUUGGGUUCAGUUCUCUCUGAUUUGAAAUUACUUCCGGUCCGGAUUUGAAAUUACUUCGUCUACUUUAACAACAUAUUAACCCGUUACCGUGGAUAGAUUUGAAACAUUAACGAUUAUUAAUCUAAUAGAAUUUUAACGCAUUCAGUUGAUAACAAUAAAGAGAUUAGAAACAAAUUGGAA